UCGUACUCGGUUGAUUCCAUCCAUCUCAAAAUCAACAAACACACGCAACAGCCUAUUCUAAAGAACGAUUUCUUAUCGCCAAUAUGGCGAGAUUUGUGAGGUAUGCGCUUGAGCGCAGGGACGAUGAGACUUCCGAGUACUUCACCGAUGACGAUGAUGUCUAUUGGUGGUAUAGCAGAGAGGGAUAUAUCGUCAAGUGGACUAUCCUCGCCGUGAUUGUACUUCUUUUUACACUCUGGAUCGUCGGAGGAUAUUGGCAUGCAAAGAAGAGAAUCCAAAAGGGUUUACGACCACUAGCAUAUCAUAGAUGUUUUGUUAGUAGGCGCAUGAUGGCUCAGGUCGAUCCCCGUUACGCAUAUCCUCCUAACGGAUACUACUACGCUCCUCCUGGCAACUACGCCCAGCCUGGCGGAUAUCCCAUGCAUAACAUGCCUCCUCCACCAGUCUAUGACCCAUCACGACCUCCCAUGUACGAAGAACCCCCGAAUGCCUCAAAGAUCGACCCGGCGCAAGGACAGCAGAGACAGGCCGAUGGACCGGCAGACUAUUAUGCUCCUCCAACAGGGCCUCCGCCUCCGCGAUAAAUGAUGUUAGGCGCUGGAAAGGUUCGGUUGAGAGGCAUAUAUGCAUGGAUGGUUGAUUCUUGAGCCAUGUAACGGUUCAGAAGUCGCUGGGCGGCCACGUGAGACAGUAUGAAAUUGAAAGUCAAUCAAUAAAUGUAGCUAGCAUAGAAAUACAAGCAAAUGCCGACAUUCAAGCGCCAGGCUCUUGGGAGCAAGAAAACUUC